CAUGCCGUGUCGGGGUCCAGCGGCCUCCCUCGCGUGGAGGUCCUGAAGCACCUGGAACACCGCCUGCACAACAGCGGACUCCCGCCUGCCUCCCUGCCUCCGUCCAUGGCCUGCCCGCCUCUGGCCCUCCUUCUGCUGGGGGCCCUCCUGGCAGCCUUCCAGCCAGCCCUGACCAAGCCAGAAGCACUGCAGGUCUUCCCAGGCCAAGUGGCCCAACUGUCCUGCACCAUCAGCCCCCGUUACGCCAUCAUCGGGGACCUCGGCGUGUCCUGGUAUCAACAGCGAGCAGGCAGCGCCCCCCGCCUGCUCCUCUACUACCGCUCAGAGGAGGACCAACACCGGGCCCCUGGCAUCCCGGACCGCUUCUCCGCAGCUGCGGAUACAGCCCACAACACCUGCAUCCUGACCAUCAGCCCCGUGCAGCCCGAAGAUGAUGCUGAUUAUUACUGCUUUGUGGGCGACUUAUUCUAGGGGUGUGGGAUGAGUGUUUUCCAUCUGCCUCCCACUUCUGCUCCUGACCUUGGGACCCUCUCUCUGAGCCUCUGUUUUCCUCCUCUGUGAAAUGGGUUAAUAAUAUUCACCAUGUCAAC